AUGAUGACGUGCCGUCUGCUGUGCGCCCUGUUGGUGCUCGCCCUGUGCUGCUGCCCUUCCGUGUGUGCGACAGCAAGUGAAAUUAAACCUCAACAAGAGGCCGAUUUGCCGGCCACUGACUCACAAGCGCAGGAAAAGCUUGGUGAGGUACGGGAUUCAAUUAAGGAUCCUGAUGCAAUACUGAAAGGAAAUGCGGCGUCCGGAAUAGGACAGAAUGCAAAUGGGGCGCCCUCCAGUAAAUCAGAACCAUCAGUUCCGAAGUUGAAUGCGUUAGGGGUGGAAAGUCCGAAGGACGUUCAGGAUCAGGCACGUGCUGGGGUCACUGAGACGGCAAAACAAGGAAAAGUAAAGCCCCUUAAUCCAGAAGCAACAGGCAAAUCCGGUGAGCAGCAGUCAACAAGUGUGAAUGCCAUAAUGAAGGUAUCAGGUAGCGAUAUCACUGCCGCAACCACGACAACUACGACCACAACGACAACCACCACCACCACAAAGGCACCAAGUAUUACGACUACGGCGGCGCCAACCACGACGACCACCCGCGCACCGUCACGUCUUCGCGAAAUGGACGGCAGCCUCAGCAGCUCUGCGUGGGUGUUUGCCCCGCUGCUGCUCGCCGUAUCCGCGCUGGCGUACACCACUGUGGGCUGA